UGGUGACGAUCGUUGCGCUCGCGGCGGCUGUUUGUGAUUUGUGGACGUCAGUGUGAAGAAAAAAACAAAAGAUAUUCCAUUUUAUCUUAUUUAGUGCAAUCAGCGCAAUUUCUGUGUCCUAAAUUGAGUAGAUUGAUAGCCAGGGGAGUCUCUGUGAGUGGAGUUUGACGAGAAAGUGCGCGACGGAGCAAUUAAAAUAUUGAGGGUAGAGGAAUACAACGUGGGAUCAAUAGGACGACAUAAGAAUGGCAAGCCAGGACUCAACGGGCCCAGCAGGAUCAUCGGGUGGUGCUAACAACAACACGCCCGCCCCGGGGCAGGGCAAUGCGGGCAAUAAGCGCCUCCAGCAGACACAGGCCCAGGUGGAUGAGGUCGUGGGCAUAAUGCGGGUGAAUGUGGAGAAGGUGCUGGAGCGCGAUCAGAAGUUGUCGGAGUUAGAUCAACGGGCGGAUGCCCUGCAGCAUGGGGCGUCGCAAUUUGAGCAGCAAGCUGGCAAGCUCAAGAGGAAGCACUGGUGGGCGAAUAUAAAGAUGAUGAUCAUCAUGGGUGUGAUUGGGGUUGUUUUGCUCAUUAUAAUCAUCGUUCUCCUCAUCCCCAAUUAAAUGUAUACUAUCGCAAUACAUUAAAAAAAAAACAUCCACAACCCCUAUUUUCUACAUUUAAAAUAAACUACCGUGAUCUUUCCAUAAAUCGUGUGCUGUCUCUUAGAAAGGGGAAAGAAGAAGAAAAUACCCGAUUUCGCGUAUGUUAAAUGGAAAAGUGUCUCUGUUUGUUGUGGCUGUAAAUUCUGUUCUGCCUUAGAGAAAAAAAGAACCUUUUAGAAAUCAAACAUGAAAUCUUCCUUUAAAUUGUGCCAAAAGGACAACACUUCCAAACACUAUAUACCUCCACCCACAAUGCUGUCUACCCAUUUCCGGAACAGAGUUGGAAAAAUCAUAUUUUAUGUUCCUCAGCAGAUUAUUUUGUUUGAAUUUAUAGUAAUUUUCAACACGAAUUCUAUCCAAUUUCAUCUCUCGAAUAGAACUUAUUUUAUGGGGAAUAUUGUGAGAGGAAGAUGUUUUUUGUAGAAAUUGCUGUAUGCUGGUUUUUUUUUUUAUCAUCAGAGGUACUUAAACUUUAAUCCAAAGAGUGUAUGAGAAUAACAUUUUAUUGACAUUUUAUUGUAUGAUUUCUUGCACCUAACACAUGUGAGUUUAGUAGCAAAUAUCUCUACCGAGUCUUGGUCAAUUAAAGGAAUUUAUUGGAAAGUUAUGAGAGAAUUUUUAUUUUGAAAUUACUCUGAGUUGAAGAGAAGGAAAAACUGAAAAACUAUCAUUUAGUCUUUCCACAACGAUGAGUUUUAAGACAAAAAAAAUUGCGCAAGGAUUGGUAGAAAAAUUGUGCCAAAUUGGCUAAUUCAUUGGAACUGUUUGAAAAGACUAAAUAAAGCUAAAUUGAGCAUGUAUGUGGUUGUUUUAAUAAUAUUUUUUGGCUAAAAUAUUAAAUUUUGUAUCUGCUAAAAAAUUAUAUCCUAACAUCGAUAAAAUAUUGGCUUUUGCAGACAAAAAUUAUAGGGGAACUCACAUAAAAAAGUAUGAAAAAGUAACGUAUUAACGAUAAUUAGUGAGACAUUAAGCGUACGCAUAGUAAUUCUUUUAACCCUUGGAGGAUUUUUCUGGCCACCGUGGCCAAUUCGAAACUUUUUAAAUCGUCACAGAAUAAAAAAUCUCUUAAACAUAUCGUGAUAAUUUCUACAUCUGUGUGUAGGGAAGUUCCAUUACUUCAAGAUCAUUGAAAAAAAACUUGGAAAAAUAUUUUCUUUUGAGAGAAAAUUAAGGUUAAUUUGAGGUUAGAAACCUCGAUCCUCCAAGUGUUAACAUGUUUACUUUUCCUUUUACGCAAAUUGUUCGAAUUAUUACGUCGAGAAUUAACCUCACUUUUUGUUGAAUUUCUUUAGUUAAAAGUUUUUAAAAAAUCCUCUGUUUACGCUUGCUAAAUUUUACUUUAUAUAUAGAAAGUUUACAUUGAAUUUAUGUAACUAAAACUAAUAUAUUGAAGGGAAUUCACUUGAAAUGUGUAAAUCAGUUGUUUACGUCCAUAGAAAUGUUCAAAAGAAUUUUCUAUGUGUUCAAAAUUUUCUUUUUAACCAAUUUUCUAGUUGUAUCAGACGGAUUUUUCAAUUUAUUUACGCGUUCACAGUAUAAGUAGUAAAACCCUUAGUCAAUGUCACAAAACCAUGGUGAAGAGAACCGUAGAACAUGUCCCGUUGUGAACAAUGAAAUCGACCGAAAAACUUUAAAUAAUUAAUGCCUGAGGAAGGAGGUAUACGUCUACGAAACGUUGCAUGAAUUACAGAAAAGCGAAGAAUUUCGAAUAGGUCAAAUCCCAUGUUUCACUCUCCUAAUAUUGACAAAUGACUGAAUUUUCAUAGUAUUCGUUCAUAGUUCAUUCGUUGAAAAAUCAAAAAGUAUGGUUAUGUUUUUACGCAAGAAAAAUUUUGUUUACUUUCUGUUAUUGUUGUUACAAAUGUUUAUACUAAUUAGCAACAAGGUUUUAGUUAUAAAUACCAUUAAACAGCUCAUAAAACCUUUAAGAAAAAGUAUUUUAAAAAAAGUUUAAUUUCGUAAAAAUUAGUGUAAUGGAUAUGUUUACGCAACUCACAGUGAAUCCCCCUCAAAUUUAUAAAAUCUCUUCUCACUAUCAGGUAUAAAGCUCCUUCAAUAAAUCCUCCAAUCUUAUCUCAGUCUAUUCCAACUCUGUUCCCAUUUCCCAAUUAAUGAAAAUUUGUACAUAAAUGUAAUGAAAUUGUUGAAAUGGUAUUAGCGUCAAGGGUAGAUGGUAUAUGUACAUAUAUAAAAUACAUAAUACUGCAUCCUCUGUAAUUAAAUUCAUUGGAUAAUUAUAUAUGUAUGGAAUACUGUGAUUGUUGUUCAAUUGAGACGCACACACACAGAGAAAUUGGAAAAUAAGGCUGACAAAUGAAUUUUUAACCCUCAACAGUUUCACUUUUGCCAUCGUCCUCAAGCACCAGUGCACCCAUUGAACAGCCCCCAAACAACGCGGGAUCCUAAUGAUAUAUACGUGAAAACAGCGAAGGGCUUAAUUUUUUGUUUGUUUCAAGAGCAUGAACGUAAAAAUAUGGAAAAAAGCACACGAGGAUUUUUUUUUGAAAAAAUUAUAUACAUACAUAUAUAAUGGAAAAUGGGACGGGGGGGAGUCAAUAAAUAACAAUAAAUGUCACACGAAAUUGAACUAAUUUCCGAGAGAAUGAAAAAUAAAUAAAAAGUAUGCUAUAUAAGUCUGUAUUGAAAUACAAAAACAAUAAUGUAGGGCUGAUUGUUUGGAUAGUGUGGCACUAUUUACGUGGGUCUUCGGGGGGCUUAUAAGUGUAUUAUAAUUAAUAUUCCUAAUUACAUUACAUAUGUUUUCUGUAGGAUCAAUUAGUUUCUUGCAGAAGCAAAAAAAAUACAUUUGGCAUAUUGAGAAAAUAAAUUAUAUAACAAAUAAAUAAAAUGAUAAAUAAAAUGGAUAAAAAGAGAAGAA